AGUUCACUUGGAGCCUUGCUACAGCCAACAUUAUGAAGCUGGUGAUAGUGUCGAUGAGCGUUGCCGUCCUGGUGGCCUGCAGUUGUGCUGAACCCGAUGCAAGUUCCUUCUCCACCUAUCCUUACGUAGGUGGAAGCUAUGGGCUCUCCAGUCCAGGCAUUGGAGGAGGCUUUGGCUCAUUUGGUGGAGGAACACGUUACGGUUCCUUUGGAGGUGUUGGUGGAGGCUACGGUUUGGGAAGCGGCGCCACGAGUCAUUCCAUUUUCAACCUUGGAGCGCCACAGGGUAGAUAUGGAGGCAGCUUUGGACGCGGCUUCGAUAGAGGUUACAUCGGAGGAUCCUCUGGCCUAGGUUUCGGUGGCAGUUCCCUUGGUGGAACCUACGGUGGCAACUUCCAAGGUGGAAGACUCGGUGGAAAAUCCUUUGAUUUUUAAUCCUUUAAAAUCGUUACGGUGGCAGCUUCCUUCGCAGUGGUUAAGGUGGCGGCUCCACUGGCAGAGUGAAAUAUUGUCGGGGUUUCACAAUGGAAAUGAAUACGGGAAUUGCACAAGCAAGUGAACGUAUAGAUUCAAGGAAGUCUGACACCUUAUCUUUACAUAUUUUUUUGUUCAGCACUCACAUGACUUAAAAAUUUUUUAAGUCAAAUUAUGUGCCGUUUGAAAUGAUGGUAUAAAUCCCAGUCGUUUGAAAUUGCCAUCAAUGCAUCUUAGUAGAGUUCAUGUAUGAAUCAAGGUCCGAAUAUGCAAGUCUUAUUUCGUAUUUGGUUAUUAUUGAUGUAUUUUAGAAGCAAAAAUAAAGAAUAAUAUAAU